GGCUCUAGGGCUCGAGUGGGAGGAGACCUGGAGCUGGAGCUCUAAGUGCUGCUGGGCUGGCGACGGUGGCGGUGGUGUCAGCGGCCCUUCUGUUGAUUCUGUGUCUCGGAGACUGGACGCCCUCGCUUUAGCGCAGCGGGUCGUGAAGGGAGGUUUUAAAACUACUCCUGGAAAUCUGCACUUUGGGCUAUUGUGAAAGCUAAAGAAAUGGGCUACAAGCAAAUAUAAGGAUUUGAAAGAUUUUAAUUGUUGCCAUAUUUUUGGCAUACAUCACAUCCAUAUAUAUCCUUUUUCUCUCUGGAUCUGAGAAACAUCAUGAGCACAACUCAAAGAAAGCGCCGAGGUGGAACAACAAAUUCCAGACAGACUCAAAAACGAGAACGAUUAGUAGGUCCAACAACUGAGAUGACUUCAGAAGCUGAGCCAAUAGAACUUGUAGAAAGUGCUGGAGAAGAAGUGGUGGACCUCACCUGUGAAUCUACUGAACCGGUGGUAGUGGAUCUAACUCACAAUGAUUCUGUGGUGUUUGUUGAAGAAAAUCGAAGGCAAAGGAGAAACCCUAGGAUAAAUCGAGGACAGCCUGACAGCUGUGUUUUGAGUAGUGAUGAUGAAGAAACAAGAGAUGAUGUGUAUGUGACAGAAAAUCCAUCCAGAGAAUCAGUUGUUCUGGAAGAAGAAACAUCAAGCAUAAGGCCUUCUGGUACUGUUAGUUGUCCAAUUUGCAUGGAUGGAUACUCAGAGAUUUUGCAAAGUGGACGACUUAUAGUCUCUACAAAAUGUGGUCACGUCUUCUGUAGCCAAUGCCUCCGUGAUGCCCUUAGAAAUGCUAGCUCCUGCCCAACUUGCCGGAAAAAGCUGAACCAGAAACAGUAUCAUCCAAUAUAUAUAUGAUAUGUACUAUGUUUCUCAGGACAGCUUUAUGUGGAUUGCUGUGAAAAUGUCCUGAGGUUGUCAACAUACUUGACAGUAAGGAGAACUGAUUUUAAAAAUGAUUACCUGGGGUGUUUGUAAGCAGAUUUUAUGGUCCAAACUUAAAUGUCAUAAACCUAGCUUUUUGUUUUCUCACAUUUGAUAAGGUUGGGCUGAAUUUCUGAGGGUCUGUGAAGGUUAGCUGAGCCACAUGUCUUCUCUCAACAAAGCCCCUGUAUUUUGACACAUCUUCUCUGAACCAAUAGGGUUUGUGAGCUCUUGGGUUUCAAAGUCAUCUUAAUCAAGUAAUUAUAUCUAAUAAGCCUAAAAGAAUGGAAGGUAAGAUAUUGGCAUGGAUGAGUAGACUCUUCUCAUUUGUAAGGUGCAUAAGUGGGCAGGGUGGUUGAGUACUGUUCCCAGUAGGCCCAUCAUUUUCACAUGCCAAGCUUGGUGUAAAAAGCCUAUUUUUGAUUCACAGCCUAGCAGAAUGAAGGGCAUAAUGACAGGCCAUGGACCUUCUUACCCAGGGAAAAAGACUACUCUGAUGUAUUGAAGAAAUAGCAGAGCUGCCAAAAAUAAAGCUCCCCAGGUAUAGCUGCUGGGUCUUCUCCACCAGCACCCUUAAAUAUAGAACAGUGGCUCUAGGUCUCUCUGGAACCUGGAAGCAAACUCACUGGAGGCGUUUUAUUUUUAUUAUUAUUAAUUGUUAUUAUAAAAAUUAUUGGCAAGGCCCAGAUUUUCCAAACUUCACUUGAUCAUUAGGCAUGUGUUUUUACUUCAGAGACUCAUAUCAUACUCUUUAUUUUAAUUGGUGCCCAUUGUCCACCUCCCCUCUUCCCUCCCUUUACCUAAUUGAGUUAUCAGCAGUUGGUGAGCAGAGAAUUGUUUCAUGAAGUUGAAUGCCCAAUUAUAGAACUCAUACUUCAAAUCACACCCUCCCAUCAGACAUGUUUUCAUCUAGCCAUCUCAGCCAUUUAUCAUUAGUAGAGAUCUUGUGUCAGACCUUUAGAGGAGUUUAUUCCAUUUAGCAUUUUAAGUUUAGUGGAAUCUAAAAGGGUGAACAAUCUAGUCUCUGACUAAUGAUGUUAUAAAUUUUCUUUGCGUGUACGCGCAUGUGCGCGCACGCGCACACACACACACACACACACACACACUCUAAACCAUAUCCUAAGUGAGAUUGCUGACUAGGUUCCCUCUUUCUUAAAGAUUCAACUUUGUAACUAAACUCGUUGCUUUUGAAAUUCUAAUUUAAUUGGGGCAGAAGUUUGUUCAGACUUUCACAUUCCUCUGGAAGGCUGGAUAUUGACAGUGGCAAGAAUGCCUCUUUCUGCCACAUGUCUAUCUGCUGUACAUAUUCUCAGGAAUGUUGAUUAUGCUCUAGUGUUAUACAUUUGCCCCAAAGAUACAGAUAUGGGGCAUAAAAAAGGCUUACUUUUUGUAUUGUAAUAAAAACCAUUUUGUGUUAUUCUCCUUGUCCCUUGGUUGUCUGUUCAUCAAGGGGUGGAAGUAGUUUGUGACAUUACUUAGCUGCUUGGGGGCAAAUCAGUUCUCUGCAACUUCAGUGCAAGUCAUCUCUGCCUGUUUGUUGUUAAUGAUAUCCAAUACUAUUUUAUUGAUUUUUUUUUUCACCCCCCAUUUUGUGGUGGGAAUUAAUUUUUUGAAUCUGUGUCUAGUUGGGAUGAACUUUGUUUUAAGAAACUUUUGGUGUAUGUAUUUUUUCAUCAUCCACGAUACCUUUUCUUCUGAUGGUCCAUGCCUGUUGAAUUGAUGCAGUCUUGCCUCCACACAAACCAUGAUUCUUGCCCACUGAAAAACUCUGGAUUUUAUCCUUUGUUUCUUUUUACCUGGAGAAAGCUGGUAAAUUUUACUCUGUGCUUUGGAAUUGCUUGUUCUUCACAUCAGUAAAGGGUUCUUAAAAUCUUGUAUUCUUUUUCCAUACCCUCUUAGAAUUACUUAAAACAAAAUAAAGUUUUGUUAAGGCUGUUUAGAAAAAAGAUUAUGAAGGGGGCAGUUCUAGCUUUGCUACUGAUAACCAAUCUUAAGUUUGAUCAAACAAAUUAUUGUAUAAAACUUAAUUUAAAAUGAGCAUUUUCCCCCUUGCUACAGGAAGAAAAAGUGGUAGUUGCAUUAGCAAUCCUGACUUUUAGAAAUUAUAUUAAAUAUCUUUUUAGUUAGAGUAUAUGUCAUAUUUUUAUCCAUCAAGUCAAGAAUAGGAGUGUAUUAAAUAUUAAUUUGGGCUGAUAUGUGUAUAGCUUUCCUGUGCUAGCUUUAGUUUUGAAUGAUAUUUUUAAUUAAGUUUGUAUUUCCAGGUAAAUAUUUAUUUUUUGUCCUGUAUCAACUGUACUGAUGCGUAAGAUCCUUUUAAAAAAAAGCCUACAGAAUACACAGCAGGUUCUUUGGCUGUUUUGUUUUGUGACUCUUGAAAAAUUAUACCUGCCCGAUUCUAAGCUAUCAAUCACAAAUGUUAUUGUAUUAUUUCAUUGUAAAUCUAAAUUGAAAUGGUAAUGUUUAGUUGUAGUUACUUAGUGUAGCACAUAUAGUUUUCCAGAACUGCAAAAUAUAAACAGGCUGAUUAUGUAAAAUUCAUACUUUUACUUUAUUUGUGUAUAUAGUUCAUUUUUUUGUUGUUAUUUAAAUUGUAUCCAUGUCCAUGUGUCAGGUCUGUUUUGAACUUCAGCUAAAUGGUUGUUAAUUAAGAUGAAAAUAAACCCAUUAAUUUGA